CUUUAUUUUUACUAAAUGGAAGCAGCAACUUCAUCCAGGAUGCAGAGGAGGAGGAGGAAGAGCAGGGGGCGGAGUCAGUCCCUGGGGAUAAAACUCUCCACAGAGAAUCAGACGCUCAGAGUCAACCGAGCCGGCAGAGCAGAGACAACCAACCAGAACGGACCAGAACCGACGGGUCACAACUCCUCCUCCUGCAGCGCCUCGCUCCAGGUCAGGAUGACUUCCCUUCUCGUGCCGCUCCUCUUCCUGUCGCCAGUGGUUUUCAUCAUGGCGGCUCCAGAACCAGCCGGCUGUAAGAUCCGGAUCACUGAUAAAGGCCUGGAGCUGUUAAAGCUUGAAACUCAGAGGUUUGUGGAAGAGGAGCUCAGUAACAUCAGCAUGCCGGAGAUGAAGGGGACUGAGGGCCGGUUCCAGUACACCAUCACAGACGUGAAGAUCACAGAACUGAACCUGAGCCAUGCGGACCUGCAGUUCCUCCCAGACGUCGGUCUGCUGUUCGACGUUCAGAACUCGUCCAUCGCUCUGAGCUUCCAGCGCCGGAUCCUCUACUGGUUCUUCUACGACACGGGGAACAUCAACGCAUCUGCCGACGGCGUGAACAUCAACACGGCCGUGAACCUGAUCCGAGACGAUGGAGGGCGGCUGAAGAUCAACAACAUCAGCUGUGACGCAAAGAUCAAGAAAAUGAGGGCAGAGUUCAGCGGGACGCUCGGGAAAGUUUAUGACUUCCUGGCCCGAUUUCUGACCACCGGGAUGCGAUUCUUCCUCAACCAACGGAUCUGCCCGGCGCUGAACCACGCUGCUCUGGUUCACGUGAACGCCAUGUUGGAGACGAUCCCGGUGCGGAGCGAAGUGGAUAACUACAUCGGGAUCGACUACUCUCUGAUCAGCGAUCCUGUGGUGACGUCGCGGAGCCUCGACAUGAACUUCAGGGGGAUGUUCUUUGACCUGUCCAACCAGAACCAGCCGCUGGUGAACUACGCGGUGGAGCCGGUCAUCAGGGAGUACGACCGCAUGGUCUACCUCGCUCUGUCUGAGUUCUUCUUCGACAGCGGGAUGUUCGCCUACUACUCUGCUGGGAUCUUCCAAAUGCACAUCGUCAACGAGAAGAUGCCCAAAGAUCUGGAGGUGUUGCUGAGGACGACGUACUUUGGAACCAUCAUGAUGAUGAACCCAGCUCUGGUGGAUGCACCACUGUCGCUGCAGCUUGCUGUCAACUCGCCCCCAAAAACCUCCAUCAAAACGUCCGGGGCCACCGUUGUCAUGACAGCCAUCGUCAAGGUGAUGGUUCUGCCUCCAGGCCAACCUCCGGUCCAGCUCAGCAGUAUGACCAUGGAAGCUAAGUUUAAUGCAAAAGUCUCCAUGAGAGGAAAACGUCUGGCUGUGCGUGCUGAUCUACGCAGGUUUAAGAUCUUCUCCAACCAGUCAGCUCUGGAGUCUCUGGCUCUGAUUCCUCUGCAGGCUCCUCUGAAGACCAUGCUGCAGAUGUCUGUGGUUCCUCUCAUCAACAACUGGACCAAGAGGGGAGUCCGGAUUCCGCUGGCUGAUGGGAUGGAUUUCGUCGAGGAGGUGGUGGAGUAUCACAAUGUGUGUUCACCUCUGAUGUUUGCAGAGUUUUACAUCCAUUUGUUUUUAUGCUUUACAAACAUCCAGCUUCUCUGGAACUGAUGAAUCUUUAAAGGUGACGCUUCCUUUAACAGGUUAGGACCGGUCUGUGAUCUAUACAAAACAUGUUCAUUACAUUUUUUGCACAAAAUCAAUCAGAUUUUAUUCUGGUCAGCUCUAGAAAUUAAACCUCUUUCAUAUUGAGCUGUU